AAUAAUGGCGGAGUUUUAAUGUGACAUUCCUCCUCACGAAGGAGAUUAAUUUCGGCAAUGUUGCUCGUAAAAAACUUUUAAGAUUAACUAUUAGGUGGCGCUUCAAACGGCAUGGAUUUUGCCUCCUUAUCUCGCUUAUCGCCGCCAAUUUGCGUUAAAUGUUUCUUAUCAAAUGAUAUCUCUUAGCAUUUGUUAUUAAUUUCCCUCUGUAAUUCUGAUUGAUCUCGACAUAAAUGAACAUUUUCAUAUUCGCGAUCUGAUAAUCCUCGCGAUAUGGCAAGUACCUUUUUAUACUUUGCUUAUGGCAGCAAUUUGUUAAUGAAAAGAAUUCACUUCAAUAAUCCAACAGCCGUGCGAAAGGACAUUGGUCGCUUAAAAAAUUACAGGCUUGAUUUUAUAACGUACACAAAAAGAUGGGGUGGAGCAGCAGCUACGAUAGUUCCUACAGAAAAUUAUUCUGUAUGGGGUGCAAUUUGGGAAUUGGAUAUAUGUAAUCUUUCUACGUUGGAUUCUCAAGAGGGUGUUAUGGAUAAUAUAUACUUUCCAUUAAUGGUUAACGUUGAAACUCCCAGUGGUACUGUUUUAGAAUGUAGAGUAUAUCAACAAUGUAAUAUUCCAGCAAACUAUAUAAAACCAAUGUUCCUGCCAAUCGAGAGGCGACCAUCGCCUCUUUAUUUAGAAACAAUUAUUAAAGGUGCUCAAGAGAGCCAACUUCCCGAUAAUUAUAUACAAUUUUUAAAGAUGAUAUCGCACAAUGGAUUUAAGGGAAAAUGUGAAAUUAGCCUAUCCUUGAAAGAAGCUUAACAUCUGUGACUCUACAUCUUUGUGUAAAGUUUUGAGGGUUUGUUCGGCCAUUAAUAAUUCUGAAGCUUCCUGCAGAAUUAACUUAUCUGAGGUAUAAUAGGGAAUUUUUAUUUUCGCAAGCAUAUAUUUGUUUAUCUCUGUAAUUAUUGCAAAUAAUGGACAAGGAUUUACAUAUAUAUAUAUACACACACAUAUGUAUAUGUAUAUAUAUAUAUAUUUAUAAAAUCUAUGUAUAAUAUUCUGUGUGCAUGCGUGCGUGUUUAUAUAUACAUAUAGCAAAAAGUAAGCGAUAAACUUAAUUAAAGUAUCACUCUUGUCUCAUAAUUCAUAUAUAUUUCAGGCCACUUUUUUUCUAAUACAUCUGUGUUUCAUCUUAGAAUUGUAAAACAAAAUGUAGUCUUUAAUAAUGGAGCAAGGAGUGGUUAAGUUAAUAGUCAAAGUAUUAUUUGUACCCAUUCGUAUCUAUUACUUUUUAAUUUACAUAUAGCACAUAUACUUUUGCACAUUGAACAGUUAAAAUAUUAGUAUAUACACACAUACAAUUUAUUAUUUUUGCUUAUGCAUUUAAUUAAUGAAACCCUUUUAUUUCAUUGACAAACUUAUUCGUAUGUACUUGCAUUCAAGAUACUGCAACGCAAGAAGCAACUGCGAUUUCACUCGUAUUCAUCGUCUUUAAUGUAUUUAAGAUUAUUGUUAGGGUGCUGUUAAAUCCCUUAAUGAAUCCUUUAAAAAUAAUCCACAUAAGAUUUGAACAAUUUUAAACAGAAAUAUGUCAAUAAAGAUAAAUAAAAUGUGAUUCUAAGUAUGUAUAUAUAUAUAUAUAUAUAUAUAUAUAUAUAUAUAUAUAUAUAUAUAUGUGUGUGUAUAUAUAUAUAAAAUAAUUAUUUUUGUAAAAUACGAAUCUUACCACAUACAAUAAAAUAGCCUGUAUAUAUUUUAUAUCGGAAAAGAUUAUACCCUGAUCUAUUUAUAUUAAUAAACGUGACGUAUCAAUUUGAAAUAAUA